UAUAUAUAUAUAUAUAUAUAUAUAUAUAUAUAUAUAUUUGUGUGGAUGUGUGGAUGUAUGUGAAUAAUUAUAUAUAUACAUAGAAAUAUUUUUUAAAAACAUCGACAACAAAUCAUAUAUGGAUGAGACUGAAGCUGGUCAAUAUGGAUGCUGUGGACUGUCAGCGCUCACCUAUUUGUCAUUCACCAGGUCCUUUGAUAAAGGUCUUUGAUUUCCCUGGGGUCCAUGACUCUCCAAAGAGAAUGUCCUGCCUAAUAAGUUGGAAACGAUGUCGAGAAUGUACCUUCACUGACCAAUCAUCAGAUGAGGAUAGUGACCCCAAUUUCCAACUAGAAGACAAGCUAAUGGUCCCAGGCAACAAAACAUCAAUCACAGUUAACAAUAUUCAGGACAUACGACUCACCUCAUCGUGUUCCUUUGCUAACACUUGACACUAACAGCUCUAAACGAAUUUCGGAUAAAGACCCUCCUCCCUCCUUCUCUUUGCCUCCAUACAAUUUACAAAUGAUUGAAUUCAUUGAUUGAUUGAUUAAUUAAUUGAUUGAUUGAUUGUCACUCAAACAAUAAUAACAAUUACGAAUAAUAACAAAAAACCAAUAACUUUAUUAACAAUAACAAUAAUACUAACAAUUACAAAAAAAAAAAAUAUACAAUGUAUUGAUUUUUCUAAUCCUGAGUCCUAAACUCAACGUAUAAAAGAAAAAAGACUUUUGAAAAAUAUAUAUAUAUAUAUAUUUAAAGAAAAGUAAAAGAACAUGACUGUAAAAAAUAUAAUAAUAAUAAUAUUAAUAACAAUAAUCAUAAUAAUAAUAAUGAUAAUAAUAAUAAUGAAACAGAAAAAAAUAUAUAUAUAUGUGUGUAUAUAUAUAUAUAUAUAUAUAUAUAUAUAUAUAUAUAUAUAAAAACUCUAAAAGUAUCAUCGUCUUUGGUUUUAGCACUACCACUACCACUACUAUUACUACAACUACUUCUUCCACAAGUUACCAACAUCACGAUCAUCACCAUAACAAGCAAGUAAAAUGAAAUAUAUAAUAAUAAUAAUAAUAAUAAUAAUAAUAAUGAUAAUAACGAUAAUGAUAAUAAUUAAAUAACUACAACAACAACAACAACAGCAAAUAUUAACAACAACGGAUCGGACGGGAUGGUCUCAGCUGGAGCACUUUUCAUUGUAGGUCUGCUGCUGUUUCUCCUCGAUCCUUGUGGAGUGUGUAAUCAUCUGACUCUGGGUGGUGCUGGUGGUGGUGGUGGUGGUGUGUGGUAUGUGGUGGUGGUGGUGGUGGUGGUGGUGUGUGGAUGGGAGGAGUGUAAACAUCAAAAAUGUGAAGGUAUUUUGAGAAAGAGAGAAGGAAUGUUUAAAGAAUGUAAAGAAAGGGUCUUAGUAGUAGCAGUAAUAAUAACAAUAAUAAUAAUAACAAUAACAAUAUUAAUAAUGAUAAUAAUGGAUGGAUGGAUGGAUGGAUGGAUGGAACGAAUUCCAUCAUAGUUGUGUUGCUCUUCCAUGAUGUUAGGUGGAGGACGAAAGCUAUUUAGUGAGGCUGACCUUGGGGGGCUGGCUGUGUGCAGUGGGUCCGUUUAAAGCGGGUGGUGGACUACUAAACAAACAACAAACAAACAACAACAACAAUCAUCACGCAACCAAUUUGUUCCCACCUUCCUCGUCACCACUUUACACCCGUCAUCGAUCCUAUCACGGUCGGAAAUAAUCACGGAGAGUCAAAGACACAAAAUAAAUAAUAAUAAUAAUAAUAAUAAUAAUAACAAUAAUAAUAAUACUCCAGUAUGCCCCACCUCCCUUCCCACGCCACCGCAGUUGUUGCUAUUGGUGGCAAUGGUGGUGGUGGUGGUGAUGGUGAUGGUGGUGGUGGUGGUGGUUUGUGUGUGUGUGACAUGAACAACAAACGAAAAUUUCCUUCCCACUCAGGCUCAGCUGCCUCCUCUUCUGUGUCUGAAUCUCUCCCUCCAUCUCUUUCUCUCUCUCUAACAUGUACAUAUACAACACAUACGUAUGUGUGUGUAUAUAUAUAGAUAUAUAUAUGUAUAUGUAUAUUUAUAUAUAACCUGUUUUAAUUUUGCAACAUGCGAACCCAACCCACUGAGACAUCCACAACCCAAAACAAACUGAAAAAAUAUUUAAUUUAAAAGUAAUUGAAACACACACACACAUAUAUAUAUGUACAUUAUAUAUAUGUGUAUAUAUAUAUAUAUAUAUAUAUAUAUAUAUAUAAACAUAUAUUUAUUUAUACAUAUAUGUAUAUAUAUAUAUGUGUGUGUAUAUAUACACAUAUAUAUAAAUACAU